UCCCUUCCUCCUGAGCGAAGGGAAGGGAGAGAUUAUCGACGCCUCGUGGAGAGCUUUGAAAGAAAUAUAAAUUAGAGAUUUGGCUCCUGCUGAGCGUACAAUUAAAUCGUAAAGUGAACGACGUCGAUCUUCGACUGAUCAGAGUUGCCAGGUGGAGCUGGCUCUUGCACGCGGGUGCCAAAAUUAUCUCUCCCUCCCUUUCCUUUCCUUUUCUUCCCUUGCCUGGCCUUGCCUGGCCUUGCAUUGCAUUGCAUUGCAUUGCCUUGCCUUGCCUACCCUGGGACGCAGCGCAGUCAAUCAUCGCUAACACAGACCUGUACUUACAUCGUUCACGAUUGAGCGUGCUGAGAGGGUAGAAAAGUCGACGAUCCGCUCCGACCCGGCCCGACCCGACCCUGCGUGUCUGUCCGUCUGCCUGCCUGCGUGCCUGCAGCUAGGAGCUGUCGAUUACAUCUCUGAGAAGCUGACAGAUGGGGCAGAUUCUCGCUCGUCUCAUCGACAGACUCGCACAGUCUUUUGGACACAGGGAACUCCGAAUUCUUAUGCUCGGCCUGGACGCAGCAGGAAAAACCACUGUACUCUAUAAGUUGAAGUUAGGGGAGAAGGUUUGCACCAUACCGACGAUUGGAUUUAACGUCGAGACUGUGCAGUAUAAGAAUAUAAACUUCACCGUCUGGGACGUCGGUGGUCAGCACAAGAUCAGACAACUGUGGAAGUACUACUUCAGCGGUAUUCAGGGAUUGAUUUUUGUGGUGGACAGCACUGACAAAGAACGGAUCACUGAGGCAAGGGACGAACUUCAUAACCUGAUCAACGAUCCUGAGCUUUCUCAUGUUACAUUAUUGGUUCUAGCUAACAAAACAGAUCUUCCUCAAACAAUGUCUGUCGCUCAGAUCACCGAUUUGUUACAGCUCCCAAGCCUGAGGCAAACCAAAUGGUACAUCCAAAGCUGCAGUGCUACUAGUGGUCUGGGCCUUUAUGAAGGUUUGGAUUGGCUGGGUCAAGAACUCAAGAAGGUGGGAAGCUGACGAUCCAGUGUACCUCUACUUCCAGAGGAUUCUCCAUCAAAACACUUUUCAAUGAUCGAUGAUUAGCCUGCAUAUGGUAAUGGAACUGCUACGAUGAGAUGUGUAUUGCGACACUGCAGGAAUGGCGGCUUAAUCACUUAAGGACAUGCCUUCUUGGAGAUUUUUUCGAGUGAUUGAAUCGCGGGUCUCCAACCCACUACUUUUCAGUGUGCUUACCUGCAGAUACAAGUAGAAUAUUGUUUUGUGAUAAUCGACGAGAGUGCAGGAAGCUCCAUUCGGUUCAAGAGAUACUUAUACGUUCGAAGAUCGCACUUUUUCUGGAGAGGUGUGGCUCACCUUUCAUCACUGAGGCUUGUUCAAGUAGCGUGUGGCAAAGUCUUCUAAACCCCAACCAUGAUUCAAUCUGAGUCGUGGUUGAACACAGUUUCGAGCCUUUCUUGCUGUCCAGUGGAGCUUAGGAUUACGUGGUUGAAUUAGAAGUCCUCGAAUUGCAAAGUGUACAUUGCUUUAGCUGGUGGGUGUCCAUCUUAGCUGUGAUGGAAAAAGUGUGAUGAUCAUCCCAAAUUGAUCAUGAAAAAACAUAUGUGUUCGCUGAAAGAAGACUUCGGUCUGAAAUCUGAAAUUUGUCUCAAUAAUUUCUUU